AUGAAAAUGGUGUUGUCACAACGGCAACGAGAGGAGCUGAACAAAGCGAUCGCCGAUUAUUUAGGUAGCAAUGGCUACACGGACGCGUUGGAAGCGUUCAAGAAGGAGGCCGACAUGAGCGGCGAAAUGGAUCGCAAGUUCGGCGGCCUCCUAGAGAAGAAAUGGACUUCAGUCAUCAGAUUACAGAAAAAGGUGAUGGAAUUGGAAUCGAAGCUAUCGGAGGCUCAGAAGGAAUUUAUCGAAGGCGCGCCAACGCGUGCCAAGCGCACACCGGCCGAGUGGAUUCCGAGACCACCUGAGAAGUUCUGUCUAACUGGACACCGGGCCACUAUUACUAAGGUAAUAUUUCACCCAGUGUUCAGUUUAAUGGUGUCCUCGAGCGAGGAUGCAACUAUCAAAGUAUGGGACUUCGAGAGUGGCGAGUACGAACGAACCCUGAAGGGUCACACCGACUCCGUUCAGGACAUCGCCUUUGAUCAUCAUGGAAAACUACUCGUAUCUUGCAGCGCAGAUAUGUCCAUCAAGCUAUGGGAGUUUAACCAAACAUUCGAAUGCGUGAAGACGAUGCACGGACACGACCACAACGUGUCAUCUGUCGCCUUCUCACCGAGUGGCGACAUUGUCUACUCCGCCAGCCGAGACAAAACUAUCAAGGCAUGGGAAGUCGCCACCGGGUACUGUGUAAAAACAUACAAAGGUCACCGUGAGUGGGUGCGCAUGGUCCGCGUGUCGCCGGACGGAACGCUGCUGGCAUCCUGCUCCAACGAUCAAACUGUCCGCAUAUGGAACGCGGAUACUAAUGAGUGCAAGAUGGAGUUGCGCGAACACGAGCAUGUAGUGGAGUGUGUGUCGUGGGCACCGGAGGCGGCUGCUGCUGCCAUCAACGAGGCCGCUGGUACCGACAACCGCCGCGCUAACCACGCCGGGCCGUUCCUCGCCAGCGGUUCACGGGACAAGUCCGUCAAGAUCUGGGACGUGAGCACGGGCCAGUGCCUGGCGACGCUGGUGGGGCACGACAACUGGGUGCGCGGCGCGGCGUGGCACCCGGGCGGGCGCUACCUGCUCACCGCCUCCGACGACAAGACCCUGCGCGUCUGGGACGUGGCGCACACGCGCUGCCUCAAGACGCUCUACGCGCACCAGCACUUCGCCACCAGCCUCGAUUUCCAUAGGAGCUUGCCAUACGUCAUAUCCGGCAGCGUCGAUCAGACCGUCAAAGUUUGGGAGUGUCGCUAG